AUGGAAGUGUAUGAAGAUUUUCUGGAUUUGUCCAUGGGAAACCUCAAGGACUAUCUAAGUUUAAGGGGAUUGUCGACAACUGGCCGGAAGGUAGAAGUAGUCGCAAGAGCUUUUUCUGCCUUUGAAAUGAAGCUUCCAGUCCAAGUUUCCCAAGAGCAACACUUGGCCAGUUUGCAAAGGGAAUUCCAGGACAGACUACGCAAGUACGAUCUAUCAGAUCCUAAAUCCAGUGACACUACAUGGGUGGAUGACAUGACAAAAUGGCCACCAGUCGACCUUGGCAAGAUAUUUGCUUAUAUUCUGUCAAACGAAGAGUUUGACUCAGAUUACAUUGGGAAAUAUAAGGAUGAAAAAGCUUAUUCCUACUGGAAAAGUAACUUUGUGGGUACCAUCCUCUAUGCAGACAACAAGGAUGGAAAGUGUGUGUUGCAAUGCAAGGUAACUCCAUCGCAGCGCAUCAUAGAGGACCCAAGAGAAGUCUGGGUAGCCCUCAAGAAAGAUGGAACUGUCUUGUGUGGUUGGUGCACAUGCAUUGCUGGCACGAGUGCAACAUGCAGCCACAUAAUUGCAUCGCUUUACAAGAUGGAAUAUGCAUUCACCCAUGGUUAUACAGAUCCAUCAUGUACAUCAGUCCCUUGCGGAUGGAAUGUAUCAACCAGGAGAGAUGUGCAGCCAGGAAAGAUAAUGGACAUGCGAAUCAGAAAAGACAAGAGAACAACUGAAAAUGAAGAAAAUGAAGGAAUUAUUAUAAAUGAAUGGAGACAUUUUGAUCCAAGGAAAGAGGGGGAAAGGAAUGUGACUGAUGAGCAGAAAAAGGGAUUCUUGGAUGGGUACAAACAGAUCAGGCCCAAUGCACAAAUUUUCAAAAGUGUAGAGUCAGAAAAGCACAAUCAAAUGGACAGACCUUUAGAACUGACUAAAUUUGCAGAGAAUUUUACUGCAUCAUUAGAUGGUAGUGAGAGUGAUCAGGACAUUGUAAAUAAAUUUUUGGAAGCUAUCCCCUUAAGUGCAAUGGAGGUUUCCCAAAUUGAGCGAGAAACCAAGGGCCAAAGUGACUCUUCUUGGAUCAGGCACAGAAAAGGAUGGAUAACUGCAUCGAACUUUAAAGAUGUAUGCAGAAAAGUUGACUCCCUUGCAAAAGCUCGAGGUUCUGUCAAACCACCAACUCCUCUCGUUUCAAAACUAGUUCUUGGAUCGCAGAACAUUGACCACGUCCCAUCAGUCAGGUGGGGCAAAGAAAAAGAAAACGAGGCAUAUAAUGAAUUUUAUGCGCGGGCUCUUUCACAGCACCAAAACUGCAAGUUAACAAAGAGUGGACUUUGUGUUCUUAAAGACAAACCCUACAUUGGGGCCAGUCCUGAUGGGAUUAUGACAUGUUCACGCUGUGGUACAACUGCAUUGGAAAUUAAGUGCCCAUAUUCCAUUCGGGACUUGUGUGUCAGUGAGGCCUGGGAACAAACAGAUUUCCUGGAGCAGAGGGAUGGAGUGAUUCAGCUGAAAAGAAGUCACAAGGAUUUCUUUCAAGUGACUGGUGUUAUGGCUGCAAAAUCGUUAUCAAAGUUGAACUUCGUUGUGUGGACAACAAAGGAACUACAUGUAGAACUGAUACAUUUUGAUGAUUCAUUUUGGGACAAUAUCAUUCCAAAGCUUGAUGUAUUUUUUAAGUCUUACAUGGCCAAGGUCCUAUUAGGCUUGAGGAAUAUAUAUUUUUGCCCCACAUGUGAGAAAGUCAUUUUAGAGGGAGAGGAGCUCCCAGAGAAUUCCCCUGACAAUAGCAUAUGCUGUGACCAUUGUGGAGCAUGGUUCCAUUUUGGGUGUGCACAGAUCACUCACAUCGAGGAUGAUCAAGAGUGGUUUUGCCAACUUGCCUUUUAG